CUUCCCCUCUUCCUUCUCUGCUUUUUCAUUUCCCUUCAGCUUCCAGAGAUCUUCUACACAGACAAAUUUGUUUCAUACUCUUCUCUGUUCUUAAUCCUCUGAUUCAAACAUUAUUCUAUACCUAAUUUCAAAAUUUCUCGAUCUCCCAGCUGUUUUAUUUUGAAUUUUUGUUCAUUUUUUCAUCUGGGUCUGAACUUGAUCGAAUGUUUAUGGGGUUUUCUUGGGAGAAGUUGUUAGCGACAGCAUAAAUAGAAUCUGGGUUGAAGAUGUCCUGGAAAAUUAAGGCCGAGCAAUCUUCACGGAGCGUUGUUCCUCAGAGAUGGGCUGUUUUUCUUUGCCUGAGCAGCUUCUGUUUGGGGAUGAUCUACACAAACAGGAUGUGGACUGUUCCUGAACCUAGAGGAAUCGCUCAAACUACGGCGUACGAAGCCAAAAAGUUGAAGUUAGUUUCAGAAGGUUGCGAUUCGAAAUCGUUGGAUGAGAAGGACGUUAAGCGUGUGUCGAGAAACAUUUUCGGAGAAGUCUUUAAGACUCACAAUGCCAUACAAACAUUAGAUAAGACCAUUUCAAAUUUGGAGAUGGAAUUGGCUGCUGCCAAGGCAGCACAAGAGUCAAUACAGAGUGGUUCGCCUUCAUCGGACGAUCUAAAGAGUUCCCCGUCAUCUGGGAGAAGAAGAUACUUGAUGGUUGUAGGGAUCAAUACUGCUUUUAGUAGCAGGAAAAGACGAGAUUCGGUUCGUGCAACGUGGAUACCUCAAGGCGAGAAGAGGAAGAAACUAGAGGAGGAGAAGGGGAUUAUAAUUCGCUUUGUCAUCGGCCACAGUGCCACAUCCGGAGGUAUCCUUGACAGAGCUAUUGAAGUAGAGGACAAAAAGCAUGGAGAUUUUCUUAGACUGGACCAUGUUGAAGGGUACCUCGAAUUGUCUGCCAAGACAAAGACAUAUUUUGCAACAGCCGUUGCAACGUGGGAUGCAGAUUUCUACGUCAAGGUUGACGACGAUGUUCACGUAAAUAUAGCCACACUAGGAGAAACGCUAGUCAGACAUCGAUUGAAACGACGGGUUUACAUCGGAUGCAUGAAAUCAGGACCUGUCCUGUCACAAAAGGGAGUUCGAUACCACGAACCCGAACACUGGAAGUUUGGUGAGGCAGGUAACAAGUAUUUCCGCCACGCAACAGGCCAGUUAUAUGCCAUCUCGAAGGAUUUAGCGACCUACAUAUCGAUACACCAGCAUGUUCUGCACAAGUAUGCCAAUGAAGAUGUUUCCUUAGGAUCUUGGUUUAUUGGACUUGACGUGGAGCACAUCGACGAUCGGAGACUUUGUUGUGGAACUCCGCCCGAUUGUGAAUGGAAGGCACAAGCAGGCAACGUCUGCGUCGCUUCAUUUGACUGGAGCUGCAGCGGAAUUUGCAAGUCGGCCGAGAAGAUUAAGGAAGUCCAUCGUCGAUGCGGAGAAGGCGAGAAGACAUUGUGGAGUGCCACCUUUUAAAACGGCACAGUGCUAGCUUCAUCUCGACUCGUUCCAAACUCGUGAAGGUCUACGGGCUUGCAAGUCCGGUUUUUGUACCGAAUCUGUAUCGUAUUAUCAUUAUACAGAGAUAGAGAUCGGUGAGCAAGGCAACUCCAUGCGAGGCUGUGGAGAGUAUUAGCCAAAAGUAGGCAGCUGAGAGAGCAAGAGAAGGGCUUCAAGGAAUUCAAGCUCCUCAUAAUAAACACAAUUCUUCUCAUUUGAAUAAUAUAAAGAAUGGUUAGUUGCUGAUUAAUUAUUUUCUCAA